AUGACACCCACCAACCCAGUAGAGAAACAACUAUUAGAGUUGAAUAUCAAUGAAAAUUCCUCAAAUGUUAUUCAUCAAAAGAAACUUGCUGCUGAGAGAUUGACUAAAGCAAAGACAAAGCGUGACGACGAGAUACAAGCUUUAAAAGAUGAGCAGACUAGUAAUGCCAAGAAAGGUGAAUUGAUCCAGCUACACUCGCAACUUGUCGACGAAUGCAGACAAUAUGUCCAAAGAUACGUUGACCAACAAAUGGACUGGACAAAUAUGGAAUUAGCAAUCGGACUUGAGAAAAAGAGGCCGGGGUCAAUUGCGAGGUAUAUUGAAUUGCCUUUGCACUUGAAGGAAAAUCGCUUUGUGAUCAGAUUGCAAGAUCCUGAGAGUCCUGAUGAAAACAAUGGCAAGGAUAUUCUUGAUAGCGAGUCGGAAAGUGAGACAGACAGCGAGUCGGAAGCAGACAGCGAUUCUGACAGCGAGGCAGAGAACGGGUCACGCGACCUAAAAAAAGUCCCUAUAUCUGACAGUAAAUCUUCAGAUAAAUACACAGCGAAAGGUGUUCCGGUGAGCAUUGACUACACCUUAAGCUCCUAUGCCAAUGCUAGUGUUUAUUUUGAAAGCAAAAAAGCAGCCGAAGCCAAACAAGCAAAGGUUGAAAAAGGUGCCGAAAUCGCUUACAAGAAUGCCGAGAAGAAGAUCAACCAGGAUUUGGUAAAAAGCUUGAGACGAGAAAACGGGACAUCUUCCAAGCUGGAAAGAGAAAAGUUUUGGUUUGAAUCGUUUUACUGGUUCGUUUCCAGUGAAGGAUAUUUGUGUUUGGCCGGUAGGACCAAGUCGCAAACCGACAUGCUCUACUUUAAGUACAUUAGUGAUGAUGACUUUCUUGUGAGCUCAGAAAUUGAAGGAUCAUUGAAAGUUUUUGUCAAAAACCCGCUAAAAGGGGAGUCCGUGCCGCCAUCGACGAUUUUACAAGCAGGGAUAUUUGCUAUGUCUGCAUCACAAGCUUGGAAUGGAAAGAUCAACACUGCAGCUUGGGUCUUGCAUGGCAGUGAUAUAUCAAAGUAUAGUCAGUCGGGCGUUUUGCUCCAGGCUGGUGAGUUCGAAUACCUGGCUAAAAAGCACUUCCUACCCCCAGCGCAGCUUGUAAUGGGGUUUGGUUUGUACUUUUUGGUAGAUGAAACGUCAGCUGAGAGACACAAGCAUCAACGAGUUGAAAAGGAAAAAGAGCAUGGCUUAAUGAGAAUUUUGGAUAAUAAGAAGCGGGUUUUCCAAAAGGCAAAAGUGACAAACAUCAAAUCUGAGGAGCCAGAAGAAGAACCGGAAAAGGAAACUGAAGUGAAGGAUACCGAAAAUGAAGACAUUACCUCUACUAGGGGGAAAAAAUCGAGAACAAAAAAGAUUGCUUCAAAGUACGCCGACCAGGACGAAGAAGAGAAAGAGUUGAGAAUGAAGUUGUUAGGAAUUGGCAAAAAGGGCAAGGAAUCGCAAAAAGAGAGCAACCUUUUGCAGGAAACUGAUACAAAGGAUGUUGCGGUUGAAGCUAACAGGCAGAGACAUGAAAAAGAGGUGCAAGGGUAUUUGCUUGAAGCAGACGCUUCUAAUGAAACACUUUCCUCAUUCUUUGACACAUUGGAUUACUUAACACCUAAACCCUCAACUGGAGAUACUGUGCUUGAUAUAGUUCCAAUAUUUGCUCCAUGGUCUGCUUUACAAAAAUUUAAGUAUAAAACUAAAAUUCAACCAGGCUUAGCCAAGAAGGGGAAAUCGAUUAACGAAAUCAUCAACUACUUCACCAAUAGACGCAUGGACAACAGAAGUUCAGAUCCUGAUCUAGAUUGGCCAAGUGAGAGAGAACUUGUCAAUGCGGCCAAGUCCAAUGACCUAAUGGGCGUAUUUACAGUGAACAAAAUGAGGCUAAUUGUUCCAAAGAAGUAA